CUCUAUUUUUUCUGCAGAGGUUUGACAGAGCUAUAAAAGAGGCCGGGGCUCCAGCUGCUGACAGAGAGACAGACCGAGACCCUCAGCAUCAGACCCGGUGGAAUAACCUCCAGCUACAGUAACCUCCAGCUAGAAUACUCACUUAUAUAUAAUAUCAAAGAGGAGAAUGGGACUGCACAGCGUCGAGGAACUGGUGUCCGGUAAGAGGUCAGAGGGCAAGGAGGCAGCUGACUUCCAUGGCGGCGAGUACGAGGCGGCGGUGGGUCAGGAGAAGAAGGACGACCGCCGGUCUCACCGCCAGCUGGAGGCCGUGGUUCUGUCCGAGGGGAGCGACAGCGGCAGCGAACAGGAGGAGGUCAGCGUGGCCGCUCUCAACCCGUAUGUUCCCUGUCAGACGGAUAAGAGCGGCCGGCUGAAGCUGGAGACCGUGGACGACCUGUUCAACAUCCUGCAGCUGAAGAAGAGGAGGAGGGAGAGGAAGGCUCCGGUCAACAAGAAACCACAGCCAGUGCCAGAGACCCUGCCGGCCUGGGUGGAUGAGAAGAUGUUUCUGAACGCAGCGAGUGACAACAAGAUGCCGCUGGUGGAGAAGUACCUGACUGACGGAGGAAACCCCAACGCAGCCGACCAUUUCCAGAGGACAGCGCUGCACAAAGCCUCGUUCAAAGGACACGUGGAUGUCAUGAAGAGACUCCUGGAGGCCGGAGCCACCAUCGAGAAAAAAGACAAGCUGGAGGCCACCGCGGUGCACUGGGCCUGCAGAGGAGGCAGCCUGCCGGCCCUGCAGCUCCUCCUGGACCAGGGUGCCAAGGUCACCUACAGAGACAAGUUAAACAGCACUCCUCUCCAUGUGGCCGUGCGGACUGGACACUGUGAGUGUGCCGAGCAUCUGAUCCACUGUGGAGCCGACGUCAACGCCAAAGACAGAGACGGGGACACGCCCAUGCACGAUGCCGUGAGAAUAAACAGAUUCAAAAUGAUCAAGCUGCUGAUGAUGUACGGGGCCACUCUCAACACAAAGAACGCUGAUGGAAAAACCCCUCUGGAGACGCUGUAUUCUUGGCAGAACGGCGCCAAGAGCCUCCUGUGUAACUUCAGCCAGGAGAAGCCCGAUCAGUAACACAUUCCCUCAAAGAAAUCCAACAUGAGAUGGCAUGAAGCACACAACUCCUUCUUUUAAUUUCUGCUAAUUUGGAGAGGCUGUGCUCACAUCCAGACCGCCUCCAGGGUAAACUGACGGAUAUUAACACCCUCAGGAAGCGGUCUUACAUGUAGAGCUCACUCAAGCGGGUAUAAAGAGCAUUAGAGGUUUUUCAACCUUCCUUUUACCUGAAGGCUAUGAACAGGAGAAGGUGGAAUGUGGGAAACCCCAUCUCUAAUCAGGAUGCUGUUAAUGCUGUGAUUGAUAGCACUGAUAGAUUCAAAUGUUGCUGGACAAUGUUUUUCUUCUUAAGCCGAGUCGAAGUGGGCGAUGACGUAUUUAUUGACAACUUAAAGAAAAAUAUUUAUUGCGUUUGAUUAAUUUAUUUCAAUAUCAUACACUUAAUAAUUGUGCGGAAAAGGUUUACGGUUAGAUGUGAAAACAAAUUUGAAAUCAGAACAAAAGCUUAUUUUUGGGGGAUCUCUGAAUGCUCAGGAAAAAUACGUCAGAUUUUUUCAAUUUGUUUUGAUCGUCUCAGAGUUCCGUGAAAAAAAGUGUUCAUGAAAAUAUCCCGGAAUUCUGGGCAGAAAGUAAGGAAAAGAAUUCUAAUUUUGAAAAUAAUCUGAAUCCUCUGAAUCUGAAGGUAAUGUCAGAAUCCCGAUUUAAAAAAAAGCCAAAAAAUAGUUUUUUUCUCUGAAAAUCCCCGAAUUCUUAGAGACUGUGGCCCUAACCCUCUUCCAUAAGAACACGUGACUAACUUAGAGUUGAUUGAAUUGAUUAACAAAUGGAAACAACUGUGAGACAUUUCUUUAGUUUCUUUUCUAGGUCAUUUCGUUCUUGUUAGUCUAAGGAUUGAUUUAAGGUUAUUUAUUGGUGUAAUAAGACUUGAGCUCAGUGUACAGAAGGGAGGAGAGUCAGGAACCGAGCCCCAUCUUGCUGGUAGACGAUGUGCGUUGUUGUUAUACUUGAACAUUCAGAUUACUUUUUUCUUACCAAGUUCUUUGGUUUUGCACGUUUUAAGAUUGCGAUAAGACAGGACGGAGUACGUUUUUGGAUCGGGAUGAAGAAGAAUCUCUCCACUUUAUGUAUCGAGGUUGCUGACACAUUUAUUUUGACCCUGUUUUCUGUUGAUUUAGGUGAAGGUUGCUGAAGCUGAAGCCUACCUUGAGGGAUAUUUGAGGGUCUAAAACAAAUUCACCUCAACGAUACAGAGAGUCAGAGGAAAGACGCUGAAAAGGCAUUGAAAGUUCAGAGCAUGUUGGGAAAGAGUUUAUGAAAGCCAGGUCUUGAUACGUGAAUGAUAUCAGACUUCUUUUUUAUUUUUAAAGAUGUAUGUACAUUUUGCCUUGUAUUUUUGGAUUGAUCUAAUAAAAACAUUGAAUUGAA